UCCUCAAAACACUUGCUACAUGGGUUCGCCUAUGUACGGCUUCCACAACCAGAACAACAUUCUCUACCUCAAACUUUUCUUCAUCUUAUUAUUCAUGGGCUGCAUACCAGAUAGAACAACCAACCUUCCUUCCAAUCAACUCCUUGCCACACCAACAAGUUCACCUCACUCUCUUAAUCUUACUUCAGCUUUGGAGACACUAAGCCUAGAUGGUUACUUUACUUUUAAAAACAACCAUCAUGCAGCAAAGGACUUUGGCAACACAUUUCAAUCCCUCCCAUUAGCAGUCCUGCAUCCAAAAUCAGUUUCUGAUAUCUCCUCCACGAUAAAACUUAUAUUUGAACUGGGUUCUGCUUCAGAGAUUACAGUUGCUGCCAGAGGCCAUGGCCACUCUCUUCAAGGUCAAGCUCAAACCCAUGGAGGUCUGGUCAUCAACAUGGAGUCACUCAAGGCACAACAAAUGCAGGUUCACAUUGGAGAGCAGCCUUAUGUGGAUGUUUCAGGUGGUGAGCUGUGGAUAAAUAUUCUGCAUGAGACUCUUAAACAUGGGUUGUCACCAAAAUCUUGGACUGAUUACCUUCACCUCACCGUCGGUGGGACUUUAUCAUACGCCGGGAUCAGCGGUCAGGCUUUCCGGCACGGGCCACAAAUCAAUAACGUCUACCAGCUGGAGGUUGUCACAGGACAAGGAGAAGUAAUAACCUGUUCAGAGAACAAUAGUCCAGACCUUUUUUAUGGUGUUCUUGGAGGGCUUGGACAGUUUGGCAUCAUCACACAGGCCAGAAUUUCUCUUGAACCAGCACCAAAGAUGGUGAAAUGGAUCAGAGUGUUAUAUUCAGACUUCUCAUCAUUUUCCAAGGACCAAGAGUUUCUCAUAUCAUCUGAAAAUUCAUUUGACUAUAUUGAAGGAUUUGUAAUAAUUAAUAGAACAGGUCUUCUUAAUAACUGGAGAUCUUCCUUCAAUCCUAAAGAUCCAAUGCAAGCCAGCAAAUUCAAUUCAGAUGGAAGAACACUCUACUGCCUAGAAAUGGCCAAAUACUUCAACCCCAAUGAAACCGACGUCAUGGAUCAGAGAACUGAAAGCUUACUGUUACUUUUGCAUUACAUCCCAUCCACCCUCUUCCUGUCCGAAGUUUCCUAUGUCGAAUUCCUAGAUAGAGUGCAUUUGUCCGAGAUAAAACUCCGAACGAAAGGAUUAUGGGAAGUUCCCCACCCGUGGAUGAACCUUCUCAUCCCUAAAAGCAAGAUACAUGACUUUGCUGAUGAGAUCUUUGGCAACAUUCUCACAGAUAAUAUCAAUGGUCCUAUCCUUAUGUACCCUGUCAACAAAACCAAGUGGCACAACAACACAUCUUUGGUUACCCCAGAUGAAGAUGUCUUCUACUUAGUGGCAUUCCUAUCCUCUGCAGUGCCAUCUUCCACAGGAACAGAUGGCCUAGAUCAAAUUUUAACACAAAACAGAAGAAUUCUGGAGUAUUGUGAUAGAGCCCAGCUUGGUAUCAAGCAAUAUCUACCCUAUUACAGAACCCAACAAGAGUGGAAAGCUCAUUUUGGCCCUCGAUGGCAAUCUUUCAUACAGAGGAAGUCUUCUUAUGACCCUUUGGCAAUCCUUGCCCCGGGGCAGAGGAUCUUCCAGAAGGCAAUACCCAUCUUAUGACACUGGCAAUUUAAAAGAGCCACACAGGAAGUGCCUCACAUAUCCAGAGCCAAUAAUCCCCGAAACUACAGUACAGUCAUGGCAAUUAAAUUAACAUGUCCUUGGAUUUCCAGUUGCAUAGUAAGCAAAAUAGGGCCCCUUCGGAUUGUCUGAUAAAUUGCGUUCAAACUUAUAAGCAUCAAAUACAAACCCAGCGCAUGUUGUAAAUAGAUUUAGUGACUGUAUUCCAGUAA